UAAGGCCUGAGCUCUAAUAAAUAAUAAUUGUCUCUGUAUCAUUAUUGGGUGGUUUGCAGGUCGGAGACAAGUCUGGGGAUAGGUAAGCUUUCGGGGUUCAAAACCCCAAGCCAGGUCUCACCUUUCUUUCUCUCUGCCCCAUGCUUGUGGAUGACAUAUAAGCUGCUGCACCAGUGCCAUACCUGGCUGCCUCCUGCCAUGCUUUCCAACAUGACAGGCAUGGACUAACCUACUGAAACUGUCAUCAAGCCCCGAUAAACUCUUCUAUCUGUAAGUUGCCUUGGUCAUGGUGUAUCUUCACAGCAAUAGAAAGUAACUAAGACAGUAAUGCUAAAUCUGAGUGCGGAUGGGGUCUGGAGCCUUGACUAGGGGUAGCAAGGGAAUGAAGAAAGGAAAGAUACCCAGAUAUAUGUACUGACAGGCUGGGCUCAGUAGGGUUGUGCUCUCACUCUGACAGCCAUACCUACUGCUGCUGUACCUGGGAACCUCAGCAAGUUCCACAGGGGGUGGAGUUGGUGUUGUGUGGGAGUGUAGUUCCAAGUUUGACACAUUCUCUGCUGGUUCAGCGGUUAAGAGCACUGGCUGCUUGUCCAGAGGACCCAGCUUCAAUGCUCAGCAUUCACAUGGCAGCUCAGAACUGUCUGAGACUCAAAGACAGUUCCAGGGGAUCUAACACCCACACACAGACAUACAUGCAGGCAAAAUACCAACACACAUAAAAUUAAGAUAAGUAAUUUAGAAAAAGAAAGAACAUUCUAUCCUAUAGGGAAUUUUCUUAAGGCAGAAGGUAAUCCACUCAAGAUAGCUCCAGGAAGCCCCUGAAACUGACAGGAUUCACUAAGCCCUUCCUCCCAAACAAAUGCAAUAAAGGUUAUGGAGAGUCACUCUCAGACAAGCCCAGCUGCAAAGAAGACUCUGAGAGCUGACCAGCUAUCUGGAAGAAGCAGAAACCAGCCCAGCAACUUUGAAGAGGUUUGGAUCAACAGUGUCACUUACAAAUGACAUUCUCCAGCCUGUCGACAUGCCUGCUGGCUGUGUAGUGCACUACAGGUUCCAGCUUUUGUGAGCUGUCACUCAUGUUGAUGCAGCUGUCCUUGAGUCAUUUCUUCUCUAGUAGUAAUCCAUCACCUGUAUGCCUGGAAGUAACUUCAAUAAACCUCAUUGGCUCACCAAGUUGGACUUUGGUGGUAUUGGUCCUUUGACCUGUGUAGACUCCCUGUCUGGGAGGAGUUGAUGUAUGUUGUAUCUUCCCAGGAAAAGUCCAUCACAUAACAUUUGGCUAGUCUUCCUCAGAUUUCUGUUGGUCAUUAGCGUCAGACUGUAAAGAUUCUGAAGGAAUAAACUGCCAUUGCUAGUUUUGGUAUUUACUGGUCCAUCUUUACUUUACUCAGGACUUCCUCUACUCUUUCACCUAAGUAGCCUCCUGUCUAUUAAUUCGAUUUGAAUUAUUAAUACCAUCCUGUAGACUCCUACAUAGCUUCUGUAAGAAUUGCUGGAGCUGGGGUUCUGUUUGGCUAGGUGAUGAAAGGCUCUGUGAAUGUCUUCAUUUGUUUUCUACUGUUCUGAGAGGAAAGGCUUUACUUGGCUUUCCUGUCAUAGUCCAUUGAGGGAAGUGAAGGAGGAACUGGGUGUCAGGAACUGAACCAGAGACUGUGAAAUAACUCUACUGACUGACUUGCUCCUCCUGGCUUGCUCAGUUUGCUUUCUCACAGUGCCCAGGACCACCUGUCUAGGGAUGGAACCAUCAGAAUGGCUGGGCCUCCCCCAUCAAUCAUUAAUUAAGAAAAUGUCCCCUCGGACUUGCUUACAGGCAAUUUGAUAGAGGCAUUUUCUCAUUAAGGUUCCCUCUUUUCAGAUGACCCUAGCUUGUGUCAGGUUGAUCAAAGAAUAAAUAACCAGGACAAAGCCCUCUAAGCCAAAUGUAUAGUCUGGGAUUACAGACAAUGGGUUGAUACAGGGUAACUUAAGAGUUGAUACAGCUGAUAUCUGACAUUGCAGAUUACUGACACUUCCAAAGCUGUCUUCUUUACACUGCUGGUUUUGACAAAGCAGGUUUGUUUGGUUUCUAUAGUACAAUUUAUGCCCAGUUCUGCAGGAUUGCAAGUAACUUUUAAAACAUUCUGAUUACUUUUGGGUAAUUAGGUUCAUAUGCAUUUACUAGAUCACUGGUUAUAAUGAGAAAAGUCUGCUACAUUGACCUUCGUCUCUUGGAGAAUUCAAUCAAAGGUGGAUCAGAAAUAAUAUUUAACCCAUUUAAACUUGUCUAUGCCUCUCACACAUGGUUAGCCACCUCUCCUUCAGUCCCAGCCCGCUUCUUCUUUAGUGUCUCCUCAGCUUCUCUCCCUCAGAAACUUGCUUGGAUCUUUUCUUCGCAGACUCUCCCUACGGGCUCCUUUUGUACUCUCACUGUUUCCCAGAAUCCUCUGUCUUCUUGCCAGUGUCCCACCUCCUAUUUCCUGCCUCAGCUCAAUGGCCAUAGGCAUUUUUAGUGACAGGUGAUACUUAGAUUCUUUCUACAGCAUAUAAUCAAUUAUAUAAUUCAGAUUGCUUGCAGGAUAGUUAAAGGCCAGUAUUGAAACUUAGUCCCUAGGCUAUGGUCCUGUAGAAGUGGAGGAAGUGGAAGCCUGUGUUUUGUAUUUUGCUGUACCAAGGAAUCAACAUGUUACAUUUGUAUUAUUAUUAUGGUUUAGUGUUUGUUGAUUUUUAUCCUCUUGUUACGAAUAUGUAGAGAGGCUAUAAGGAUUAUACAUUUAAAUAAGUUUAACAUCUCAUAUUUUGUAAUAAACCUAAGGUGGUUAAAACACUGAUAUGUAUCUACUGUAAAUAAAAUUACAUAAGUUACUUAAUAAAGAUUUAUUUUUGUUUAGUUGGGGAAGGCAAACUGGUGUGGGAGUUGGGUAUGAUGGUGAAUGCCUGUAAUUUCAUCACUUGAGAGAUGGAGACACGAUCCGGAGUUCAAGGCUAGCCUGGGUUACAUUAGUUACUGUCAGACCCCAACAACAGACAAAAUGUUAAAAUUCUUGGCAGUAAGGAGGGUCGUCAGGAGUGGAGAAGGGUAGGUCGUUUGGAGUUAGUUGUCUCCCUAAGUUCAGCAAUACCAUAUUACUUAACCUUUCCCUCUUUUUCUUGGGGUCAAGGAAGGGCAAAUUCAAGUCAUGUUUUCUUUUGUCAGCCAUUCCUGGGAGUGUGAACUUGUGUUUGCCGGUGCUCAGAAGGCAGAUUAGAUGGUAGGUAGCACUGUUAUUUCAGGGGAUACUUACUUGGGUCUGGAGUAUAUACAUGCUCCUCCAGACUUGCUCCCACCAUUUAACACAUAUAGGCGCCCCCUUCUCUGUCAUGGUUGUACCUUCUGUGUCUCUUUUUAAGUUUAACCAGAGGCAGGACAGGAGGGCAAUGAAAACUUGGGGAGGAAGAUAAACUCCAUCACUCAUGGAUUUACUGAGGCUUCUCACCAACACUGAUGACAAGUUAUAGUAAAAUGAACCACCACGUUGUUCUUGCAGAAAAAUCGAGGUUGGAUUCCCAUAACCCAUGUAAUCGGCUCACUUGCUGGGGGAUCCAGCGCCCUUUUCGGACCUUUGCGGGCUCCAGGCACUCUCGUGGUGCACAUACACACAAGUAAGCCAAACAAACGUUCAUACUCAAAAUAAAAUGAACUUUUAAAAAAAAGUAUCCUUAGUGAAAUUUCCAGCUCUAUACUGGCUAGUCCUGAAAUUCUUUCCAGGAUGAUGGACCUUAGUCUCAGCAGAGGUCCCCCAAAUCACGGAAAACUCGGGAGGCUGGUGAGCCAGGCGGUGUGGAGCUGAGUCUCCAUCCUCUCCCAGCGGGCUUGACGGGUGGAGUCCACCAAGCAAAUCCCGGCUUGCUUUGCUGCGGUGAUCUGAGCAGCAGGCGGCAGGCGGCAGGCGGGGCUACGGUACGGGAGACUUGGAGAGACUUGGGGGCCGACCGGGCCUGCCUGGAGGAGCCGGUCCCAAGGCGGCCAGCGGGAGGAGGGAGGAGCGCCGGGAGGAAGAGGCCGAGCCGCGGAGCGCCGCCCCGGAGGAAGGGGAGGAGGCCGGGUGUUUCCUGGUGCAUUCCCGACCCGCCCGAGUGACUCACUGGGGUAGGAAAGCUCCCGGGCCGCCCUGGACAACCGAAGGCGGCUCAGACCAGGUCCCAGUGAGAGUACACCCGCCCUGCAUUCACCUUCGCUUUAAAGGUAGUCAUGUGACCUAAGCAUCCUUCUUAUGCGAUGGGUGUCAAAAAUGGCCUGAAAAUACAGGACACAGCUGAGACUUUCCCAUGAGGCGUCUCUUUCUUAGGAUGGCUGCCCAAGUGACACUAGAGGACGCACUGUCCAAUGUGGACCUCCUGGAAGAGCUGCCUCUUCCUGACCAGCAGCCCUGCAUUGAGCCCCCACCUUCCUCGCUGCUCUAUCAGCCAAAUUUCAACACCAACUUUGAAGACCGAAAUGCAUUUGUCACUGGCAUUGCAAGAUACAUUGAACAAGCAACUGUCCACUCUAGCAUGAACGAGAUGCUAGAGGAAGGCCAAGAGUAUGCUGUCAUGCUGUAUACCUGGAGGAGCUGCUCCCGUGCCAUCCCUCAGGUGAAGUGCAAUGAGCAGCCUAAUAGGGUUGAAAUUUAUGAGAAAACUGUGGAAGUCCUUGAACCCGAGGUCACAAAACUGAUGAAUUUUAUGUACUUCCAGAGAAAUGCCAUCGAGCGUUUCUGUGGGGAGGUGAGACGCCUGUGUCAUGCUGAGAGGAGAAAGGACUUCGUGUCUGAAGCCUACUUGAUCACCUUGGGCAAGUUUAUCAACAUGUUUGCUGUGUUGGAUGAGCUGAAGAACAUGAAGUGCAGUGUGAAGAAUGACCACUCAGCGUAUAAGAGGGCUGCUCAGUUUUUACGUAAAAUGGCAGAUCCACAAUCCAUCCAGGAGUCACAGAAUUUGUCCAUGUUCCUGGCCAACCACAACAAGAUUACACAAUCUCUACAGCAACAGCUUGAGGUCAUUUCUGGCUAUGAAGAACUCCUGGCAGACAUAGUGAAUCUGUGUGUGGACUACUAUGAGAACAGAAUGUACUUGACGCCCAGCGAAAAACACAUGCUUCUCAAAGUCAUGGGAUUUGGUCUGUACCUGAUGGAUGGGAGUGUGAGUAACAUCUACAAACUAGAUGCCAAGAAAAGAAUAAAUUUAUCCAAAAUAGACAAGUAUUUCAAGCAGCUGCAGGUGGUUCCACUCUUUGGAGAUAUGCAGAUAGAACUGGCAAGAUACAUCAAGACCAGCGCACACUAUGAGGAGAAUAAGUCCCGGUGGACCUGUACGUCCUCGAGCAGCAGCCCACAGUACAACAUCUGUGAGCAGAUGAUCCAGAUCCGUGAGGACCACAUGCGUUUCAUUUCUGAGCUGGCACGCUACAGCAAUAGCGAGGUAGUCACAGGGUCUGGCCGGCAGGAGGCCCAGAAGACAGAUGCUGAGUACCGGAAGCUCUUUGACCUGGCGCUGCAGGGCCUGCAGCUUCUGUCGCAGUGGAGCGCGCAUGUGAUGGAAGUGUAUUCCUGGAAACUUGUACAUCCAACAGACAAGUACUCCAACAAGGACUGCCCAGACAAUGCUGAGGAGUAUGAACGUGCCACGCGUUACAACUACACCACUGAGGAGAAGUUUGCUCUGGUGGAGGUGAUUGCCAUGAUCAAAGGCCUGCAGGUGCUGAUGGGCAGGAUGGAGAGUGUGUUCAAUCACGCCAUCAGACACACAGUUUAUGCUGCACUUCAGGACUUCUCCCAGGUGACCCUCAGGGAACCACUGCGACAGGCCAUCAAGAAGAAAAAGAAUGUCAUCCAGAGUGUCCUACAGGCCAUCAGGAAGACUGUGUGUGACUGGGAGACUGGGCAUGAACCCUUUAACGACCCAGCUCUGCGGGGAGAGAAGGACCCUAAGAGCGGCUUUGACAUCAAGGUGCCACGCCGUGCUGUAGGACCCUCCAGCACACAGCUUUACAUGGUGAGAACUAUGCUAGAGUCCCUCAUUGCAGACAAAAGUGGUUCCAAGAAAACCUUGAGAAGUAGCCUUGAGGGGCCCACCAUAUUGGACAUAGAAAAAUUUCAUCGAGAAUCAUUCUUCUACACUCACUUGAUAAAUUUCAGUGAAACACUGCAGCAGUGCUGUGACCUUUCCCAGCUGUGGUUCCGAGAGUUCUUCCUGGAGCUGACCAUGGGCAGGAGGAUCCAGUUCCCCAUUGAGAUGUCUAUGCCCUGGAUUCUGACUGACCACAUCCUAGAGACCAAGGAGGCAUCAAUGAUGGAGUACGUCCUCUACUCCUUGGACCUGUACAAUGACAGUGCUCACUAUGCGCUCACCAAGUUCAACAAGCAGUUUCUCUAUGAUGAAAUUGAAGCAGAGGUGAAUCUGUGUUUUGACCAAUUUGUUUAUAAACUGGCAGACCAGAUAUUUGCAUAUUACAAGGUUAUGGCAGGAAGUUUGCUUCUUGACAAACGGUUACGAUCAGAAUGCAAAAAUCAGGGAGCCACGAUUCACCUCCCACCGUCUAACCGCUAUGAGACGUUGUUGAAGCAAAGGCACGUGCAGCUGCUUGGGAGAUCCAUCGAUCUCAAUCGUCUGAUUACACAGCGUGUUUCAGCAGCCAUGUACAAAUCUCUAGAACUGGCAAUUGGACGAUUUGAAAGUGAAGAUUUAACAUCAGUAGUCGAGCUAGAUGGGCUCUUAGAAAUCAACCGUAUGACGCACAAGCUGCUGAGUAGGUACCUCACACUAGACAGCUUUGAUGCCAUGUUCCGGGAAGCCAACCACAACGUGUCUGCACCUUAUGGAAGAAUCACCCUCCAUGUCUUCUGGGAGCUAAACUAUGACUUCUUGCCCAACUACUGCUAUAAUGGCUCCACCAACCGGUUUGUUCGGACAGUACUACCAUUUUCUCAGGAAUUUCAACGAGACAAACAACCUAAUGCACAGCCCCAGUAUUUGCACGGCUCCAAGGCUUUGAACCUAGCCUACUCAAGCAUUUAUGGCAGCUACCGGAACUUUGUGGGGCCUCCUCACUUCCAGGUCAUCUGCCGGCUGCUUGGCUACCAGGGCAUUGCAGUCGUCAUGGAAGAACUGCUGAAGGUUGUCAAGAGCCUGCUUCAAGGCACAAUCCUGCAGUAUGUGAAAACUCUGAUGGAAGUGAUGCCUAAGAUCUGCCGCCUUCCCCGACAUGAGUACGGCUCUCCUGGCAUCCUAGAGUUCUUCCACCACCAGCUGAAGGACAUUGUGGAGUAUGCAGAGCUGAAAACAGUAUGCUUCCAGAACCUGCGGGAGGUGGGAAAUGCUGUUCUCUUCUGCCUGCUCAUCGAGCAAAGCCUGUCUUUAGAAGAAGUCUGUGACCUGUUGCAUGCAGCUCCUUUUCAGAAUAUCCUGCCUCGAGUCCACGUAAAAGAGGGGGAGAGAGUUGAUGCCAAAAUGAAAAGACUAGAAUCCAAGUAUGCUCCACUGCAUCUUGUUCCGCUGAUUGAAAGGCUGGGGACCCCACAGCAAAUUGCAAUCGCAAGAGAGGGGGACUUGCUGACCAAGGAGCGGCUCUGUUGUGGUCUGUCCAUGUUUGAAGUCAUCCUCACACGGAUCCGGACCUUUCUGGAUGAUCCCAUCUGGCGUGGGCCCCUGCCCAGCAAUGGGGUCAUGCAUGUGGAUGAGUGUGUGGAGUUUCACAGACUAUGGAGUGCCAUGCAGUUUGUUUACUGCAUUCCUGUAGGGACACACGAGUUUACAGUGGAGCAGUGUUUUGGCGAUGGGCUCCACUGGGCUGGCUGCAUGAUCAUUGUACUUCUGGGACAGCAGCGGCGCUUUGCUGUGUUGGAUUUCUGCUAUCAUCUUCUCAAAGUUCAGAAACACGAUGGCAAGGAUGAGAUCAUCAAAAAUGUGCCAUUGAAGAAGAUGGUGGAGAGGAUUCGCAAGUUCCAGAUUCUCAAUGAUGAGAUCAUCACUAUCCUGGACAAGUACUUGAAAUCUGGAGAUGGGGAGAGCACACCUGUGGAACAUGUACGCUGCUUCCAGCCACCCAUCCACCAGUCCCUAGCCAGCAGCUGAGGGCUAAGCUCAUCAGAUCCCAGUAACUGAUGGCAUGUUUGUCUUUAUGUAAACUAUAUUGAAAUUUUUAGGGGCUAUUUUCCAUUAUGUCUAAACCUAAUAAUUAAGGGGGUACUUUUUGAUCUGAAAGCUUAACUUUAUAAAACUUACAUAUUUUUCUAUACUAAAAUUGUAUAUGCCUUUGGAAUUGGGAAGUCUGAGAAUAUGGUUACUAGUUGUUGCCAUUAUGGUCUUAACAAAUAUUUUCAUGCUAAAUAUUCCAGUAGCUAGUUAUAAAAUGCAAAAUUCACUCAUUAUCCUAUAAGAGCAUAAUACCAACUAAUUGUAUUUAAAAAAAAAAACCCUACCAAUUACUUUAAAUUUAAUGACUAGUUUAGGGAUUUUUCUGAUGGCCUUUUAGGAAAUCUUUUCUAAGUCAUUGUUCCCUUUUAUGCCAAUAUAGUGAAAUUGUUUCCCCUGUUCAAGUAAAUCAAACUGUGAGUCUGAUUCGUGAGAUAUGACUUAACGAUUAGAGAAAUAAAAAUCAAUGGAAUCUA